AUGGUGUUUCCGUUUGGCCUGCAGACCAUCUUGAUUCAGAACAUUUACCGGAAUCCGCAGAACAGCGCUCAGACGGCCGACGCUUCUCGAUGCGCCGUCAGCGACGUGGAAAUGCAGGAGCAUUACGAUGAGUUCUUUGAGGAGGUAUUCACAGAGAUGGAGGAGAAGUACGGAGAGGUGGAAGAGAUGAACGUUUGCGAUAACUUGGGGGACCACCUUGUGGGCAAUGUCUAUGUGAAGUUUCGCCGCGAGGAGGAUGCAGAGAAAGCAGUUAUGGACUUGAACAACCGCUGGUUCAACGCCCAGCCCAUCCACGCGGAGCUCUCCCCCGUCACUGACUUCAGGGAAGCCUGCUGCCGCCAGUAUGAAAUGGGAGAGUGCACCCGAGGGGGCUUCUGCAACUUCAUGCACCUGAAGCCCAUCUCGCGGGAGCUCCGCAGAGAGCUGUACGGGCGCCGCAGGAAAAGGCACCGCUCUCGCUCGCGCUCCAGGGAACGGCGCUCCCGCUCCAGGGAUCGGCGACGGGACCGCGAAAGGCGGAGGUCGAGGGACCGAGAGCGCUCUGGAAGAUUCUGA